ACGUCAUUCCCAAAUGUUAAGCAGCCAUUUUGUUGGCUAACUUCGCAGGUAUCCGGCGCGUGUAGUUGCUCAUUGUGAUUCGCUAACCUCCGAACUAUAAUUCCCGUAAUUUCUGCAAUUUGUGUCUCCGUUUGGCCAUACGACGUAGGUAAAAGGAUAGCGUUUGUAUCUGUAGACUACAAAGCCGCCGUCGGAGUGGACGCUCAUUCAUUUUUCGAGCCCUCUCGCGUUCGCUAGCUUCUCGUGGCUAGCAGGCAAGCUAACUUGUCCGUGCGAGAAAAGUGACGCUUUUUAACGGCCGCCAGCUAUUAAAUGUUCCAUCCCUCGGAGCGCUGUGACGUCUUACUGGUUUGUUCUUGUUGCUUGGCCACACGCCAAAGCAAAGUCGAGCGACUAACUCCAGCGCAACAUUUGCGUAUCGAGCAAUAGCCCUUGGUAGCAUUAGCGCACGCAGGCUUCAAGCUGGCCGCCAGUCUUUCAGAGAACAUGUCCGAGUUGUACAUUCGGGUGGCCGAAGAUGAGAACGAGGAGCCCAUGGAGAUCCCCUCGGAGGACGACGGCACGGUUCUGCUGUCGUCGGUCGCGGCUCAGUUCCCGGGGGCGUGCGGGCUCCGCUACAGGAACCCGGAGUCCCAGUGUAUGCGCGGAGUCCGGCUGGUGGAGGGAGUCCUGCAUGCCCCGGAGAGCGAGUGGGGUAACCUGGUCUACGUGGUCAACUACCCCAAAGACAACAAAAGAAAGAUGGAAGAAAUUGACGCCGCUUCAGCUGUUAAAAUCAAAAGGGGUUUUCAGAAGACAUCAGACUUGAUUGUCCUCGGCCUGCCAUGGAAAACCACAGAACAAGACCUGAAGGAAUAUUUCAGCCCCUUUGGCGAGGUCAUCAUGGUACAGAUCAAGAGAGAUGCAAAGGGCAACUCUAAAGGUUUUGGCUUUGUGCGCUUCACUGACUACGAAACCCAAGUGAAAGUGAUUUCUCAGAGACACAUGAUUGAUGGGCGAUGGUGUGACUGCAAGCUGCCCAACUCAAAGGCCUUACCAGACGAGCCAAUGCGCAGUCGUAAAAUCUUUGUUGGCCGCUGCACAGAGGACAUGACUCCAGAGGAGCUGCGACAGUACUUCAUGCAAUACGGUGAAGUCACUGAUGUUUUCAUCCCUAAACCUUUCCGUGCGUUUGCGUUUGUGACCUUUGCUGACGACCAGGUGGCUCAGGCCCUGUGUGGCGAGGACUUGAUCAUCAAGGGUGUCAGCGUGCACAUCUCCAAUGCGGAGCCCAAACACAACAACAGUAGGCAAAUGAUGGAGCGAGGGCGCUUUGGUGCUGGCGGGUUCAGUCAGGUGUAUGGCGGUAGUCGCGCAGGGCUAGGCAGCGGUAGCGGGGGGGUUAAUUUCGGGGCCUUGGGCUUAAACCCGGCCAUGGUGGCAGCUGCGCAGGCGGCGCUCCAGAGCAGUUGGGGCAUGAUGGGUAUGCUGGCUAACCAGCAGGGUAUGACGUCUGCUACGGGUACACCCUCCACCACCAGAGAUCAAACAUAUAGUUCCACCAGCACCAAUUACAGCGGCGGUGGCGGCACCUCCGCUAGUCUGGGUUGGGCUGCAGGCACCAACUCCGCCUCCAACAGCGGUUUCAACUCCAGCUUUGGUGCCUCUAUGGAUACUAAGUCUUCAAAUUGGGGCAUGUAGAUAACAUUUAAGUUGAUUCUAUAAUAGGCUAAUCUGGUAAGUAGAAGCGGGGAACUGGGUAUAAAACACACUGCCUUUUUUUUGUUAACUGUGUGUGACUGAUGUGUAGUUGGACUGGGGUUAGUUAGACCGUUUGAGAUACAGUAUGUGCAUGCAAGAUUAUUUAUAAACAUGCGCCUGUCACAUUAGUGCUAUAAGACGUGAUUAUGUUCUGAAUGCAGUGCAUCUUUUUUUUUGCCAUCUGAUGGAAACGCCUUGAUGAACGUCUCUCCUGCAGUUCACCAACUCUUUCGCUCUCUCCCGGGAGGAAGCGCCUCACUGGCAGCAAUGUUCUACAGAUCUCAGUAUCACUUGCCCUCCUCGCACGUCUAAAUGCUUUGCCAUCAAAGAACAAGCUUCACUCUGCAUUUACUGUGCUCGACGGUGGG